AAUUAUGAGAGCAAACUAUCCCCGCCCCUUUCUAAAAAGUAAUUUCCAACUAUAAAAAGUCUCCAUCAUCCAAUCCAUGCAUCCAGGCAGGACCACUCCAUUGAAGCACAAUGAUUCACAUCAGAAGAAAUAGAUGGAAAUUAUUCAUAAUAUUUGUAAUACUGAUGCUCACUCUCAAUAUUGUCUUUAUUGUCGACCUCACAAUGAACCAUCAGGCCACAGAUCACAUCAUUGGAAUAAUGUCGAAGUCUGUCGUUGAACGUUCUGUGGAGGUCGAACCUCGUCGCCAUGGCAAUACCCUCAUAGCCAUUAGAGUAAUAUCAGACAAAGAAAUGGUUGAAAUUUACGUCAAAAAUCAACUAGUACACAGCAGUAAACCAGAGCAGAGAGGUAUCCAUGUGGCAGUCCUCAAUCAAGCCACUGGUGCUCUGAUGGCAGUGCGGGUGUUUGACACAUACAGUCCGGGCUCAGAGGACGUACUCAUCACUUUCCUCAACACACUCUCCGACGGCAGGAUCCUCUGUCUAGCCAUCCAGGACGAGGGUUCGUUUCACCUAAAGGAGGCGGGGCGUGGUGCGUUAGCGGCUCUCGGCAGUCACCUCAGCUCGUCACUAUCCUGGCGAGACAUGUGGGCGUUGGUGACGGUAAAGGGGGCGGGGCCAAUAGCGGAGGACGUUGGCAAGAGCGUAGAUACUGCUUCUUGGGGGUCAAAGGUGACACUAGACGCCACAGUACCUUUGAAAGACUCCGCAGCGUUUGAAUGCGAUUGGCCGGCCACUGCUGAGAAUAUUCGCCGAAAAGCGUUUUGCUCAAAGUAUGAAGGUUACGGACAGCUGUGUAACUGUGCCACGCCCAUCUCCCUCACACUCUCACCCCCCAAUUUCUCCCCUAACCAUGUUGCCGAUGUCCCUGUCACCAUCAUAGCCAGCAACAGACCACAGUAUCUGUAUCGGAUGAUUCGCAGUCUUCUCUCUGCGCACGGUUCAAGUGCUGCCAUGGUAACUGUAUUCAUCGAUGGAUUCUAUCAAGAACCGGCUGAAGUUGCGUCACUAUUUGGAAUCAGAGCCAUCCACCAUGAGCCCAAGAGUCAGAAGAAUGGUCGUAUCUCACAGCACUACAAAGCCAGCCUCUCACAAACCUUUGACCUCUAUCCAACUGCAGAGUAUACGGUGGUGCUAGAGGAGGAUCUGGAGGUGUCUCCAGAUCUGUUCAGUUACUUCAGUCAGACAUUACAACUACUGAGGGAGGAUGAGACUGUGUACUGUGUGUCAGCAUGGAAUGACCAGGGCUAUGACCACUCUUGUCAAGACCCCACCAUGCUGUACCGGGUGGAGACAAUGCCAGGACUGGGAUGGCUGUUAAAGAAGAAGCUGUUCAAACAAGAGCUUGAACCCAACUGGCCUGGACCUGACAAACUGUGGGACUGGGACAUGUGGAUGCGGAUUAAGGAAGUUCGUAAAGGUCGCGAGUGCAUAAUCCCGGACAUCAGUCGGACCUACCACUUUGGAGCCUCUGGAGUGAACAUGAACCCGUACUUCCAGGAGCACUAUUUCAAGAGACAUACUCUCAACCGCCUGGCCCAGGUCACCCUCAACAGUGUGGACAGUUUGCGGGCGGAAGACUAUGAAUUUGUGAUCCUCAGUUUAUUCCGAGAGUCAACUGUCCUCGACCACAGCAAGAAUCCGUGCGACGACGACUUUAUUCCAGACACCAAGGACAAGGUGUAUGUUAUAUUCAUUGCUAUGGCAAAGGAGAACGACUUUGACAACUGGAUGAAGCUAGCUACAUGCUUUCACUUGUGGGACUUGGAUGCAAGAGGUUUUCAUAAGGGGGUAUGGCGUUUCUGGCUCAAGGGCAACCAGGUGAUGGUGGUGGGCCAUCCUUACUCUCUGUACUCAAGCAGACACAAACCCUCAGAUGUCCAACCGCUCACUCUAGCCAACACCAAAGGAUAAACUAUAUUUAAUCAUUUCAUGAUCAAUGAUAAUUAUUCUUUUUGUCAAUCAUUUUUUCACUUUUCACUUAUUUCAAGACAAAA